AUGGGGACGUGGAUUUUGUUUGCCUGCCUUGUUGGAACAGCCAUUGCUAUGCCCCUACCACCUCAUCCUGGGCACCCUGGUUAUAUCAACUUCAGCUAUGAGGUGCUUACCCCUCUGAAGUGGUACCAGAACAUGAUAAGACAGCCGUACCCUUCCUAUGGUUAUGAACCCAUGAGUGGAUGGCUGCACCACCAAAUCAUCCCUAUGCUGACCCAGCAGAAUCCCUCAAAUCACGCCCUGCAGCCUCAUCACCACAUCCCCAUGGUGCCAGCCCAGCAGCCUGUGGUCUCCCAGCAACCAGCAAUACCAGUUCCUGGCCAACACUCCAUGAUUCCAAGUCAACACCACCAGCCAAACCUCCCUCCACCUGUCCAGCAGCCCUUCCAGCCACAGCCUCACCAGCCCAUCCAACCUCAGCCACCUAUGCACCCCAUCCAGCCCUUGCCACCACAAGCUCCUCUGCCUCCAAUAUUCCCCUUGCAGCCUCUGGCCCCCAUGCUUCCUGACCUGCCUCUAGAAGCUUGGCCAGCUACAGACAAGACCAAGCGGGAGGAAGUGGUGAGUAUACCUUGA